AUGAGCGAUUCCUCGGACGACGAUCAGCCCUUCAACCUCCGCGAUUACGAUGAUGAAGACACGGACGAUGAGCGACCUAACAAGAGAAGAAAAACCACCUCGAGGACUCUGCGCGGCCGUGGACUUGGAUUCGUCAAGUCAACCGGCGCUGAAGAAGAUGUUGAUGGACAGGGUGAAGAAGACGAGGAGGAUGUCGACGACGAAAGACCGUCCAUGCGCAUGGGUCUCGGUGCGGGCGCAGGAUCAGGCAUGGGUGGCUUUCGCAGCGCAUUCAACAUAGGCGAAUACAACGACGAGGAGGCAGAAGCCGAGACCCCUCCACCGCCGAAAGACAUGUCCCCUCGAAGACAGCAGGAGAAAGCCGGUGGCAUGGGUCCUUCAGCGUUUGGCGCAGGCGGGCGCAUGAACAAAAACUCGUUCGCUGCGCGCAUGAUGGCCAAGCAGGGCUACGUCGAGGGUCAGGGCCUAGGAAAGUCGGGUCAAGGCAUAACAGCACCCAUUCAGGCCAAGGUACUGUCAAGCCGGGCUGGGCUGGGUCAGGGCAGCGCAGCACCAGAACCUCCUCGGAGAAGACCAGAAGCAGGAAAAGAGAAGGCCUCCUCCAAAGCAUCCACACCAGGGACGAGUACGCCACGCCUGAGAGCGGCUCCCAAGGCGAAAUACGCGGUCGGAGCGAUUGAAUCGCGGGGCUUGCACGUCCCUGAGGCAAUCAAACAAGUCAUUGUCGAUGCUACUGGCGCCGAAACCAAAACCCUCACAUCGCUCUCUGGCUUUUCAACCCCUACGCGAGAAGCCUCACCGUCGCCCAGCCUCGAAGCCGCAAAGGCCACCUCGCGCAUCAAGCUGCAACUCCAAGCCUUUGCCGACGCGUGGGACUCGACGAAAGACCAAGAACUUCGUCUCGAGCAGGAAGAAACGCAACUGUCCGCAGCGCUGGCUCUGCACGAGGAUGAAAUUCAACGGUUUAACGACAUCAUCUCCGCUUUCGAGCGAGUUACGGUCGACGACUCAAAUACGGCCCGCGACUGGGACGCCUCCAUCUCGCGCCUCCAGUCCAUUCAAACCCGCUUUGCCGACUCCAUCAGCGAGCUGUCUUUGCCGGAACUCACAGCCGCUUGUUUAGAGACACCUUUCCGUCGCGAACUCCUCGACUGGGACCCUCUCACCGAACCACAAACCUCGCUCAUCGCCUCGCUCCAAUCAAUUUCGGAGUUACUGGAGAUUGAAAAAUCCACCACCUCGAAACACCGCAAGCGAACCACCUACUUUGAAUCCCUCCUGCUACUACACUGGUACCCGACGAUCCGCACCUCGCUCACCAAAGACUGGAACGUCUACGACCCGGACCCAGCGUAUACACUGAUCGACUCCUGGAGACCACUCCUGCCGGCCUGGCUCCUACGCAAGAUUCUGCACGAGAUAGUCGUCCCCCGUCUAAUCGAAGCGGUCAAACGGUUUCCGAAACCCAUCGACCAACCAGCCAGCAAAAACACAAGCAGCAGCAGCAGCAGUAGGAAGGGGAGAAGCGCACCAGACCUGCACACCUUCCUCUUCGACUGGUGGACGCUCAUCUCCAGUGAGACGCUCCAGCUCGACUCGUUCCCCGAACUGCGCUCGCUCGUCAAACAGAAAGUCACGACCGAGACGUGGCCGCACUGGAAACCGCUCCUCGGGACGCGCAAAGCCAAGGCGUUACCGCCGCCCACACCGUCUGCGCCUGCGCUUGCACGGGCAUCACUCGCCGCCGCGGAUGUGGAAGAGAUCUCCUUCCGCACCAUCGUCGAAGAUUGGGCCUCGGAACACAACCUGUUGCUCACGACGAGCCACAAAUCCGACGCCUUUGGCCGCCUCCUGUACAGACUACAGGACGCGGAGCGCCGCAAUCGUGGGAUCCUCGUCUACCUGGCCGAGGAUAUCGUGUUUGGGGCUGACGACGGGGAGCCUUAUGCGCUGGAUGAUCGACUUGUCUUGAUGGCGAGGGGGAGGUGA